GUUUUGCGCGGUAUUUCCGUUUUUGUAAACAAUACCAAUAUCGCGGCGUAGUUGCGUACCGUAGUACGGCUAUAUUCUACAAGAAUGGCGAACGUUUUGAAGGAUGUGAAGAAAUUUCUUAGUAUUCCUGACGACACAUUGAUGCAGCUGUCUCUGCCUGCAGCCCUGCUGAUGUUUGUUAUCAUCGUACCGUGGGGAAAGAAAACGUUGAUGAAUGCUACAUCCAUUGUGUUUGCUGUCAAAGGAACUGCACUACUCCUUUACCCAGAGGCCGUAAAAUUCUGGUUCACUAAGGGACACCCUGAUGGCUUACACCUCCAGGAGAUCCGACACAUCGCAGUCAUCCUCAUGGCCAUGGCGUUCACUCAUUUCUUGACCAGGAAGUCUAUGGAUAAAGCCACAGAGAUCAGCCUACUCUGGUCCAGGACUGUGUUCUGUGGAGCAGUCUUCUUACUAAGUAUGGUACAGGUGGUGAAUUAUAAAGAAAAGGAUGCUAAAACCUCACUGUUUGUAUGGAAAAUAUCCUCCAUAGUAACUGGCUUAUACUUUGCGGCUUUUGCGUUUUACUCCCUGCGGGAGGAUGACUGGGGAGGAAGCACUGACCAUUCAACAUCCAGGACCAGCCUUCAUCUCAGGGUCGACUUCUUGGUGUUCUUUCUUCACGGUUUACUGGCUUACUGCUUCCCUGGAAUGAUUGCCACUUUCCAGACUAAACUGAAAUCUCUAGAUCCAAUGCAUGAUUAUACAGCACGUGUUAUGGGAGCGGGAUUUCUGGCCCUAGGGGUAACAUCAGGAAGAGCCAACAACUGCCACACAGAAGACGAUAAAAAAUCAGUCCUCCUCAGCCACGGCCUGGCCAAUGGAGUGUUUUUCCUGACCAUGCUGCUGUGCCAGAUAUUUUCCAACGUCUUCUCCCAGUGGCACAUGUAUGGGAUUGGUGUGGUCCUCCUUGUAGCUCUGAACGACCUUGUGGGGUCAGAGGCCCCAACCAUUCUACGCAACUUCUUGCAGCGAUUCAAGUCCACAAAGGAAGAGUAGACACAUAUUUACCAUGACUUUGUUGUAGACCGUUGUAUUUACAAGUAUAGAACAGAUUUAGCACCAAACUACACCAACAUUCUAUAUGCCUAAAUGUUUUUUGAAUACAUAUAUUUUUGUAUACAUGUACAGUAUGAUCUCCCUAUAUCUUUUCAUGUACACUUCAUUUUGGAAUUGGAACAGUAAAAUUAAGAGAUCUUGAUAUCCUGUGAAUGAGUAAUUGCAUGUAAGUUCUUGUAUGUGUAUUUAGUGUGGGAAGUGGGUAGUAAAUUUGAACUCAUUUAAGUUGUACAUGCACUUGAUUGUAGUAAAGAAUAGUUUUUUUGCUAUAAAGGAAUACUUUCUUUUUCUAUUACAUAUUAUGUAACUGAGACACAACUACAUGUAUUGAUAGUAAAUUUUGUUUUGGGUAAAUUUGCCAACAACCUAAAUGAACCAAAAUACAUUUUGUAACCAUUGACUUCAUUUUAAUUAUUCACCUGCUUACCUAUCAGAAGUUAAUGUAUAUAUACCUGUGUAUUUUAUACAUCUACCAUGCUGAUGAUUGACUUGUACAUUUAUUUUAAUUAUAUAUGCCCGAAGGUGCCAGAUCUUGCAAUUCAGUUGCUUUAAAAAGUGAAUCUUAUACACUAGCUGUUGUAGUGUUUACAUUGUAUAAUGCUUUACCACUUUGUGACAUUAAAUUGUUAUAGUUGAAUGAGGCUAGUUAAAUGAACUAGGAAGCCAAUGAUUAUGUUGAUAUAGGUAAUGAAAAUGUGUCUGAAUAAUGCACAUGUACUAGGGGAACUGAGUUUAAGUUUAAACCUUAUGUUAUUUGUGGAAAGGCCAAGCAAGCAGAGUAUGAAUAAAGAUUUUAGGGAUGAAUUUCUUUCUAAAAGAAAUUUAUCAGCAAGUCAAUUUUAUCAAUUUAUUGAAGCAAGAAACAAACAUCAAAGUCCAAUGAGUAUUAUUUUAGGUCUCAUGAAAUAUGGUGUUUCAAUACUACCAGUAAUUGGACAUUCAUACAUAUUUUUAUGUUCAAAAAAUUGCCACAUUUUGUCAAUUUGCUUUACAUUUUAAAAAUGUAUGCAUAUAGCUUCUCUCAUUUCAAGGCAGCAAUGUUAUUUGUGUUGUAAAUUUUGAGUAAAGCUAUGUUUCUUAAUAA